GGUCAGAGGUGUGUGUGAUUCCCUCUCUUUCUGAUAUUCAGGCUGUGGGUGCAGUUGACUAUAUACUCAAAACAUGCAGAAGAUAGAGAUAUCAACAGGCUGGGGGGGCGGAAAUGUGAAGCUUAUGCAAGUAUAGAGAGAGAGAGAGAGGAAGCUGUGGGGACCCAAAACAGCCCCAUGAGAGCGGAACAUCCUCAUUGAUCAUGGACUGCUGUCUGACUGCCGCAUGUGUGUGGAAAGCCAGGGGAGAAUGGCAUGGAGGGGCUGGAAUCCUGAAGGAGGAAACACUCUGCACCACAACAUUUUUAUUCAGGUCUUACUCAGACUUCCAUAACUGUCUUUGAAAAGUCAGAGAGAAGGCACUCUUUGUAUCCUCAGCAGCCCGAAGAGGCCAGGGAUUCUGCAUUCCUGUCCAGGAGAUGGUUGCUGUGAGGCUUGGAGCAGCCAGGGAUGGAAAGGAGGUCUUAGGCUCUCCAGGGGAUGAAAAUUGUUUCACAGUGUUCUUUGUACAACGGGAGAAGCAAGAGUUUUGGAGCUUGGGAGUGCUGGAGUUCACUGCCCCACCCAAGUCUCAGCCAGCAGUACGCUGGGUCAAUGCCCUACAAAUCUGGAUACGUCUCCAUGGAGUUACACGGCCCAAGAGCCUCCUUGUCUUCAUCAACCCGGUUGGGGGGCGCAAGCAAGCGGUGGAAAUCUACCGUGGUCAGGUGGCUCCACUCUUCACCCUGGCUGGGAUCUAUGUUCAAGUUGUGGAGACCUGCCAUGCUAAUGAGGCUCGUGACUACAUCCUACAGCAAGACCUCAGAGACUUUGACGGACUGGUGAGUGUGGGGGGCGAUGGCACCUUUAAUGAGCUAAUGCAUGCUUUGAUUGACCGGACACAGUGGAAAGCAGGGGGUUCAGAGACUGACAUUGACACAGAACUCCUGUCCCCAAGGCUUCGUAUUGGCAUCAUACCUGCAGGUUCCACUGACUGCAUCUGUUUUGCAACUGUGGGAACAAAUGACCCCAUCACCUCUGCUCUGCACAUUAUUAUAGGGGACAGCCAGCCUCUGGAUGUCUGCAGCAUUUGGCAUAAUGCAAGGCUUUUACGCUACUCAGUAUCACUGGUUGGUUAUGGCUUCUAUGGUGAUGUAGUGAGCACCAGUGAGAAGUAUCGUUGGAUGGGGCCAAUGCGCUACACCUAUGCAGGUGCCAAAGCAGUACUGAGCAACCGCAGCUAUGAAGGCACAGUGGAAUUCCAAGUGGCACGAACCAAGGAGGCCAGUCCAAGGGACCAGACACGCUGCCGGUCUGGCUGCAUGAUCUGUUCCGAGUCUAGCAAACAGCUGCUGGCUGGAAGAGAGGAAGAAAAGCUGUCGGAACCAGAGCAGCACACAGAUGGCGAAUGGCAACGGGUUCAGGGCCGCUUCCUAGCAGUCAACUUGACCUGCAUGAGCAGUGCCUGUCCCAAGAGCCCUGAGGGACUUUCUCCCUGCGCCCACCUGGCCGACGGGACUGCUGACCUCAUCCUGGUGCAUGAAUGUUCAACGCUGUCCUUCCUACGGCACUUGACUCGGCACACCAAUGGCUCAGACCAGUUUGACCUGCCCUUUGUGAGUGUGUACCGAGUCCAGGCUCUUCGUUUCACCUCCUCAAAAGUGGAGGACUAUGAGGAUGGAGAACCAGCCACACAAAAGCGCAAGGGACUAUGUGGGGGAAUAUGUCAGGGAGAACCACCCGUCAGCUGCUGGACCUGCGAUGGUGAGACCUUGAGCCAGACUGACAUCAGCAUCAGAGUGCACGGGCAACUCAUCCAUCUCUUUGCCCGUGGCAUCGAACAGGCCCCAUGCAACUCAUAGGUGCUUCCUGCUGACACAAGGUCUGAGCUAAAUGACAGCACAGCAUGUGACUGCUGAUGAGGAACUGCAAGGCUAUGAAUACGGGGAAACCACAUGAAUACCUGGAAAUAAAUCUCACCGGGCCCAGGCUGGCAUCCCAGAACUUACAUGGAACAGCCCAGCUCCAGAGGAAGUGUAACCAAAUUCUGCUGCUGCUCCUCCUGGAUUGGUAGAAGUGCCACCUCACACACAAUCAUUUGGGGUCACUGAUCCUAGAGAGGAACAGCACAUGCGCCCAUGGCUGCUGUGCAGAUACCAAACUCCAGUGUCUUCCUCACUGGUCUUCAUUCUAGCUGCAAUCAUGUCAUCCUGGGAAUCGAUUGCCAGAAUGGACAUCCAGCCCAGGGUGGGGAAUCUCUGGCCCCUCAGGCUGCUAGGCCAUUUCCUCCCAAACCAUGCCCACCUGCCCCACACCUGCUCUACCCCUUCCCACUGCUGUUGGAUUUACCAAUAGGCAGAAAUAGACUUGAGUCCCCUCAAGAGUAAAGCUGCUCCAAAGAAAUACAAGGACCAGCGAGUCUCUGUAAUAGUUUCCAUUUACAUAAUAGCAUCAUAUAGAAAAUCCAGAAGCAGAUUGAGCAGGAAUGUAACAAGUAAUGCAGCCAAAGCACAGCUAGUGCAAUUGACAGAGCAGCAUGUGUAAAUGGAAAAGGAGGGUGAGGAGACCCCCUGCAAUCUCCCCCCACCACAAGAGACAUCCCCCAUUCUGAGGGGCAAAGGGUGAAAUGGGACAUCUAGUCCACCAUCUGCUGCCAGCAUUGUAAAAAGGAGCUGGACUAGAGGCACCUGCUAUUGAAGGCCCACAAUGAGGGUAAUGGAGAUUACUAGCCUCACAUCAAAGCCCAGGUGAUGCUGGGGGAGUGCACUGAUGCCUAUACCCAGCAGGUGUUCCUAGGACAAAACCCAUCAUUUUUCAAAUGUAGCCUGCAGGGACUGGGGCACAGAGAGCCCCCUGCUUAGCCUGGCCAGCUCAGCUUCUACAGUGAGGAGCAGCGGUUACCACUCCAUGUGAGCCACCCGGGCAGUGGUCACAGCUUGUGAGGGUUGACCCAGCGGUAGGUGCCUUCAUACUGGAACCCCACCUUCUUCAUCAGCUCAUCUGCCUCUGCAGGGCCACGGCUAGAAAACAAAAGGUCUCUGUUAGUAAUUCUGGAACAGCAGAUGUGACGUGUGAGUGAAUCUCUCCUACGCAAGCCCCAUCAGGCAGUUGUUUCCCACGCAAUGCUUUUUACAGUUAUCACCACUUUUGACUAUUGCCAUAGACUGAACGGUGUAGCAGCAGCACAUUAAAAUGAUCAAAAGUUGA